AUGAAACGAUGUUCUUCACAAGUUUAUUCUAUGCGGUCUUUCGAACGCUGUUUUCAUUUCAAAAGACGUCCGGACGAGUUAGAGACGAGAAAAGCCGUCCUUAAGACGUCUUUGUAUUUACUGGGUUGUGCAGCGAAACCACAUGAUCUUGAUCAACUGUAUUCAACUUCAUGGUCAAAUGCAUUCGAUGUUCUGUUGCAAAAGGAAAUUGAAGAUAAAAGUACUUCUACAUCAUCUUCAUCUUCUUCCAAGUUAGCAUUGAUUGUUGGAAUAUGUGUGGCUUCGAUCAUUGUAUUUAUUAUAAUUGCUGUGAUAAUAUAUAAAAGUUCUAUAUGUAGAAAGGAAUCACCUCCAAGAAGAGAGAUAACAGAGGUUAAUUAUAAAAAAACUAUGGAUGUUAGCAACUACGAGGAUCUAACAGACAAGAACGUAUGUGCAGAUACUUAUGAAGAAAUGGGAAAUGUCAGUAAUGCUUAUGAACAAAUUCCUAUGAGAAAAGUUCAGCGAGAAAAAAUGAGUACCUCAGAAUUUUCUAAUUUUUUUAUGCAUGAGUUAGGCUGUAACUACGAACAGCUUAAAAAAGAAAUAAAUUCCCUUAUACCAAAAUUUGACUGCUCUUCCCCACACUAUGAUAAUGCUGUUGAUAAGAUCGUUGAAAUCCCAUCCAGCAAUGAACAUCUGGUUGGUUACAGCAUAUUUCAAGAAAUGGACAUAAAUGACAGCAGUAAUGUUUGGAAAAAAAUAUUUCUUCAGAAGCUUGAAAUUGUCGUUGUUGUAAGAUGUUAUGGUGUUUUGCGAUCACAAAAGCUACUUAACUGUCAGAUAGGAGAGGUAGUGAAGCAUGGGGAGUACGAUGUACGCUUGUGUCAAAUGAAGGUACUGAAAGAUCAUACCAUUCAAGAAGUAGAAAUUAACUAUGGAAAGCACGAACAUAAAUUAUGGCUUUAUGAGUUUGAAGUAUUGCCAUUGGAGGAGUAUGUUGCAUCAACAGAAUACUUGAUGAACACAUGCAGGGCCCUUAGUGAGAUGAUCCAAAACGCGAAAAUAACACACAUUUCCUUCAUCGAUAAUUCCGGGUACAGGUUUGAUAUCAUUCUGAUUACUAUUAUUGAAAUGAUGGCACUCAUUAAAGAAAAAGGAACAGUUGAUAUUUACAAUUUAUUCGCCAUGAUUGUCAGUAAGACCCCUUUAUUAAACGUCGGUUUUAAUCAGUAUUGUAUCAUACACAAAGUCAUUUGGGAAGUCAUCACGUACGGUAAAAAGUAUGUGACAGUUGAAAAUUUUCAAAAAGAAUACAGGAAUCUGAAACUGCACAAAGACAACAAAGGAAGAUAUUUGUUUGAAAGAGAAUUUGCGGAACAAGUUGAGCUACAAAGGUCAACUGCAAUCACUUUUAACGCUGCCUCAAUUCCAUGUAAUUCAUCGAAGAAUCGUUUCCAGGGAAUACUAGCUGGUGAUAACAGUCGUGUUGUGUUAUCACAACCAGCAGAUUACAUUAAUGCUGUGUAUGUUGAUAGUUAUCAAAGGAGAAAUGCAUAUAUUACAACACAAGCUCCAUUGGAAGAAACAGUUUUGGAUUUUUGGAAUAUGGUUGUGCAGGAGAAUGUGACAACGAUUGUGAUGUUGUAUACUUUUAACGAAGAAGAAGAUGUAGGAAGUAUGGAUUAUCCCGUUUUCUGGUCAAUUCCUAGAAAUAAUUCGAAAGAAACUAUGGUUAAAUUGAUUUCUGAAAUGGCGUACGGGGUCUUGGUUUGCCGAUCGAUUCAAGUAUUGGUACAAAAAAAAACACAUAUUGUCAACAUUUUGCAGCUCACGAAUUGGUCCCCAAAAAAUCUUCCAAAAGUUGGAGACGUAAAAUUAGUUGUUGAGGAACUUGAAAAGUCUCAGGAGAGGUUGGAUUAUGGAAGAAUUGUUGUAACGUGCAGUGAUGGUGCUUAUCGAAGUGGAACGUUCAUCGCUUGCAUGAAUGCAUUAGAACAAAUGAAAUUAGACAACGGUGUUGACGUGUUUAACAUCGUAAGAUGUAUGCGGCAAAGCCGGCCAGAAUUUAUUUUAAAUGAGCACCAAUAUAUCUUCCCUUAUGAAGUGGUCAAUUCGUUUGUGGAGAAUCUUUCUGCCAAAGACAAUAUCAAUGCAUGAAAUUUUAUUUGCAAUAACUCGAAUAAAGCUGGAAAAAGUAGUUAAUAAUUGUUACAUAAUUUAUUUGUUGUUAUCUUUCUGUUUUCCACUAUGCAGAAUAUUUCUGGUGAAGUGUUUAGGUUUCACUUUAACAUUCUAACCCCAAAAAGCUGCAAAAGCAAACUACAAAAAUUGAUGCAAGUAUCUUUCAGAAUAAAACUGAACCGGAGCUUGACUUCAUGUGACUUGAUUAGUGGGAGGUAUCUGUAUAUGUAUUUGUGUUGUAGUUAUUAUCCUAUCGUAAUGUUUUGUAUUGCAUUUUACUGUAUUAUAAAUGUUAGCUUCGUAACUUUAUUUUAUUAACAAAGCACAUUUUUCCAUACAUCAAGACAAAAUAAACAUGUUUCACUUGAAGUUGAUUUUUUUGAAAAGUAACGCCAUUCAUAAACCUUAAGUUAUUAUUUUUAGUAGAGGUCUUUCCGUUAAGGGAGAGGCGAACUGAGCUGCGGCACGACUGCUAAAUAAAGUUCAUGAUGACAGUGUUGAUUGUGAAGAACUUUUUAAAAAAGUGAUGUUUUUUUUCAAAAAAACGGUAAAUUUCCAUCUGAAACUUUGCAGAACGACAACAAAACCAAAAAAUUUUAAAACAGGCUGGUAAAAAUGUUUACAUCUUUGUAAAUGCUGAAUUAUUUGCAAUUAUUUUUUUUACAGAUUUGGCAAACGGGUAGCGAAAUUAAAAAAAAAAUGGAAUGUAUUUCCUUUUCUGGUGAUGGUCACGGUCAAUACAGAGAAAGGAAUUAAACAAAAAAGUUGGAAGUUUAAAAAAGCAAAAAUGUUGAAAAAUGUUUAAAUUAAGAUAUUUUAUACUACUGAACUUACUAAACAAAUUUGUAAGUAAAAAUAAAAGAAGUAAAGAUGCCAACGAAGCCACCAUAUCACAGGUUUGAUUUGUUGUUGAAUGUUUCUGGUCUGUAUGUCUAUCAAAUUUGACGGCAUCUCAUCCUAACAAACUUCAUCCUACAUUACACUUCAAACUUCAUCAUAUAUUAUACCCUUAAGUUAAUUGUUUAGAAGUAGAUUGUGUAUCAAACAAGCUUUUUUCAUCGCCAACACGCCUUCAUUUUUUAAAUUCCUGUUUUUUUGUAAAAGGAAUUUUAUUACAUUCAAGCAGCGGCGGAUUUAGGAUAUUUCUUAAGUGAUCGAAGAUAGCAUCGCGCUUAAGGGCAUUAAACACAGGUAGGGGUUUAGGGGGGUGGGGGGUGGGGUUUUAAGCGCCCUAACAGACAAUGGUUUGACGUCAUCCAGCAGUAAAAUUGGCUUAAAAAUUAAUUCUAAAACUUGUUCAUUGAGUGGCAAAAGUUAUUACUUUUUUACUUUUACUUUAAAUCGGGUAUAUUUUACAAUUAUUUUCUAAUUCACGUAUUCAAACGAAAUUACCUUUUUUUUUUGCUUUUAUUUCAAGUAAUAGUCAGUAUAGAAAGUGUUGUGACAAGGUUGUACAAGUAACGUGAUGACAAUGAUAAUAUACUAUCAAUUAACGUUCACAUAAUUAUAGAGUGGGUGGGAGGGUCACAAGAUUUCUAUCGACGUGUGACUUGAAAACUUGAUUGAACGCCUUUAAUUUACUAACCACGUGAUAAUUUGUUAUGCAAAUUAUCAAGGGUAUAAUAUACAUAAUCGUAAAUAAAUUCAUUUUUAUUGCCAUAAACAAAAUGCACUGUUACGCAAAACACGACAACCUUAAUUUGUGACAUCGUUAUCGCAUCGUUAUAAACUUUUAUGGUCGUUUUGUAUUUUGAUAAAUGCACGUAUGUACUACAAAAUUAAACUUAUACAAGAAUUUUUUAAAUACCCAAAUAUACAAAUAACUUAUAACUUAUAAAAGCCACGAAAGAUAGAUUAAUCCGCAGGUACUUUCCGAAAAGGCAAAUUUGAAUUUGCGUCGAUUUAACUGCUUUCUUUCGCCGUCCGAUCAAAAUUAUAGCAUUUUUAGAAAAUACAUGUUUCAAAAUUUUCUGCACUGAAAACUACACGGCAAGAAUGGCGCAGGAACCAGUGAUGUACUGGGCGGAAAUGCCGGAAACGGCUAAUUUUCAAAUUCCCUCUAUUAAAC